AUGGCUGCACAAAACUCAUCGGGGCUGCAUCCCGAGGGGGCGCCAGACGAUGAAUUGUCUCGCCAGCCCACACAAGACGACCUCUCUAUCGGCGAAGUGCCUCGCCCCGCGUUCAGCAAUGUGUACGGGCAAAUGGACCUGACCGGAGCCGGUCUGAAUACACAAGCAGCCAUUACUGCCGACGGACGAGUCAGCGUCGACAUCAACGAGCGUACCCCGUGGCUGCACUCUAUCUUCAAACUCCCAGCCCUUAAAUGCCCCAAACACGAGGAACCGCCGCCAUAUGUUCCCCUGUCGUUGGAAAGAGAACGCGAUCAGAGACUGCCGCGCCUGAAUAUCGUCAUACAUGUGGUUGGGUCCCGGGGCGAUGUCCAGCCGUUCAUUGCGUUGGGCCAGGUUCUCAAACGUGUUCAUGGUCAUAGAGUACGCCUUGCGACGCAUCCGGUUUUUGAACAGUUUGUGCGGGAAAAUGGGCUUGAGUUCUUCAGCAUUGGUGGCGAUCCGGCAAAGUUGAUGGCUUUCAUGGUCAAAAACCCCGGCCUCAUGCCCGGAAUGGACGCCCUCAAAAGCGGUGAUAUUCGCCAACGUCGUUUCGAAAUUGCAGAAAUUAUUUCCGGCUGCUGGAGGUCAUGCUUUGAAGCGGGAGAUGGUACUGGCGUGCCCGUCUCCGACGCAGAUGUCGAUCUACGCAAUUUCCAUGGCGCGUCGCCGCCGUUUGUUGCAGACGCAAUCAUUGCCAACCCGCCUAGCUUUGCUCAUAUUCAUUGCGCUGAGAAACUAGGAAUUCCCUUGCACAUGAUGUUCACCAUGCCGUGGUCACCUACGCAGGCCUUUCCGCAUCCCCUCGCUAGCAUCAGUCGGUCGAAUGCCGAUGUCGGUAUCAGCAAUUACGUGACUUACGCUCUGGUGGAGAUGUUGACUUGGCAAGGAUUGGGUGAUAUCAUCAAUCGAUUCCGCGAGAAAAGCUUGGGAUUGGAGCCGAUUAGUAUUCUGUGGGCGCCUUCAAUGAUUCCGCGCAUGCGGGUUCCGUACACAUAUUGCUGGUCCCCCGCGCUGAUUCCCAAGCCAAAUGACUGGAGCGACCACAUUGACAUAUCUGGGUUCUACUUCCUGUCUCUUGCUUCCGACUACACUCCUCCAGCAGACUUGGAAGAAUUCCUUAAUGCCGGGCCACCACCAAUAUACAUCGGAUUUGGAUCCAUUGUAGUCGAUGACCCGAACGAGAUGACACGGAUGAUUUUUGAUACCGUCCGUCUUACUGGUCAGAGGGCCCUGGUGUCGAAAGGAUGGGGCGGUCUUGGUGCUGAAGAGCUUGGUAUACCCGAAAGCGUUUACAUGAUCGGGAACUGUCCUCAUGACUGGUUGUUCCAGCGUGUUUCGUGUGUUGUUCACCAUGGAGGAGCCGGUACAACUGCCGCUGGUAUAGCCUUGGGUCGUCCCACUGCAGUCAUUCCCUUUUUUGGUGAUCAACCGUUCUGGGGCGCAAUGAUUGCUAAAGCAGGUGCAGGGCCUGAUCCCAUUCCAUACAAGCAACUGAACGCCGAAAAACUAGCUGCUGCCAUCAACAUGGCCUUGGAGCCGACGACAUUGGAAAAGGCAGCAGAGUUGGGUGCUAAGAUUAGAGGCGAGCAAGGAACUGAAGAGGGCGCCCUGUCAUUCCAGCGACAGCUGAAGACUGACGUGAUGCGUUGCUCGUUAGCCCCUGACCGAGUUGCCGUGUUUCGCCUCAAACGGACCAGAAUUAAACUGAGCGCUCUGGCUUUCAAUGUCCUUAACACAGAGGGUCUUGUUGAGUUGGAAGAUGUAAAGCUAUACCGACCGAAAGAGUAUAUGACUGAAGCUGACCCGGGUGACCCGGUCAUCGGAGGAGGUGUGGCUCUGCUCGGUAACAUUGAAGGGCUCAUUAUGGGCUUCGCAGAUCUAUCGCACGAUAUCAAACGUGGUUUCAACUUAGGGAAUCCCCGCCCUGGAACUCCCAAAAGUAGUAGCAAGCGCAACAGUCGAGCAGCCUCCCCUGCUUCAAAUACCGAAGAAGUCGUGGAAGAUGAGAAGUCCACAAAGUUGGUCGCUGAAUCUAGCUCCCAGGUCAUUCAACGGUCCACGUUGGGUGCGUCACGGAAAGGCUCAGACGCUUCUGACAAAACAUCUGAGAAAACGUCUUUGCGUGGUCGAUCGAUGACGACGAGUUCGCAAACACCCAGUACUUGUACAACUGCCACUAGUAACACGGCCGCCACGACCGCCACGACCGAAACACGUCCGGCCCAGAAAAUGGAUAUGGAUUCGGUUAUCUCUGCCGGAAAGUCGGCGGCAAAAGUCUUCAAUAUGGGCUUCAGAGCCCCUGCUGAUUUUACCAUGGCUGUAGCCAAGGGUUUCCACAAUGCGCCUUUGAUGUACAACGAUGAUACUGUGCGUGAAUCACCCAAGGUGACAGGUUUUAAAAGCGGAAUAAAGGCAGCUGGGAGGCAAUUCGGAUACGGAUUUUACGAUGGAAUUUCCGGUCUCGCGACACAGCCAAUGCAGGGUGCGAAGAAAGAGGGCGCUGCGGGGGCCAUUAAAGGUUUCAGCAAAGGAAUAGGUGGCUUAAUACUAAAGCCGGCCAGUGGUAUUUGGGGAUUGACUGGCUACACGUUGAGCGGCAUCUACAAGGAAGUCCAAAAGCGGUUUGGCGAGAGUGUAGAAAACUACAUCAUGGCUUCACGAUGCGCUCAAGGAGUGUGUGACGCAGCCUCUUCUACUGUUGAAGAGAGGGAAAGUGUUUUCCGAAACUGGAAAUAUUUCGAAACCGAGUUUGUGAAGAAGAAAACUGCACGGCACAGUCAAAGCAAGUUUAAUGACCGUACUGCUGGUCCGCGAGCCACGACAACGGUGUCGGAAUCAGCGUCAGCAGAAAUGCAGCCCAGAGAAGUAGACAAAGGCCAAGAAACAGGACGAACAGCAGCAGAUAGAGCCCGGCGCCGACAAGCACUGAGCGGCUUGUUCCGCGGUCGUGCCAAUUCUUCACCGUCGCGGUUGGCGAAACCCAGCUCAGCGGCCCUCCCGCCUGCGUAUGAAGAGGCAAUUCUGCACUCAGUGCACGAAACAUCCAAUGGAGACGCCACAGAGGACCAAAUGAUUGAACGAGCACUGCGGGCGAGCAUGGUUGAAUUGCAGGCUGCCGAGGAUGGAGGCGAGGAAGAACAACGAGCAUACGAACGCGCUUUAGAUGCCAGUAUCCGCGAAGCUAGACGAGUGCUAGCAGAAAACGAAAAGUCAAUGUUAGAUUCCCCUUCAGAAAGCAGCUCGCACAUCAAAUCUCCUUCUGCGGCAGAUGGGUUCGAUCAGGUGGAAAAGCGACCUCAACCUCCAGCAUUGCCGCCACGCGCAACGGAGGCCGACGCCACUGCGGAUCCUGAUUUGCAAGCUGCGCUAGCACAGUCUCAAGCGAGCUAUAUCGAAAACCUCCAGCGAGAUAAAUCCGAAUUAGACAUGGUGAUGGAGUACGUCAAGCGACAGAGUUUGGCAGAGUUGGAAUAUGAACGGCAGAGGCGUGAGAAGCGUGAGGACACGACUAAUGAUUUACGAUAA